CGCUUCACUGACACUGAUCGGGCACCUAGCAAACUAGCAAAAUGGCCGACGAGAUACCUGUUAUUCCCAAAGUGACAAGUGUAGUUGUUCACAGUGGAAAUAUUGUCAACUGGAACAGACUAAAACGAAAACCAAAUCAGACACCGUCAGAAGAGCUUGUGGAAUGUGUUUCAAAUUCUCUGGAUAGUUUCUUCGAUACAGCAGACAAAAAUGAACUUCAGUAUGCUACAAAGCUAGAUUGUGUCCACUCCGAGUUUAAGAAGACACUGGCCAUCGACAGUAACGAUAGGGGUGACCUAAAACUAACAGUCAAAAUAUUCCUGUGUCGAUUGAUGCUUCCGGAAGUCAUCAAACAGGCUGUAAAAAAAGUGUUGGAGGAGUUGGACACAUCGUUUGUGGAUGUAGUGCUGUUGGCUUUCCCUGACUUAAACGAGGAAAGUAUCACAUUGGACCUUAUCAAACCAUAUUGGGAGGUCCUGGAGGAGCUAAAAACAGCCGAAGUGGUCCUGUCCUUAGGUAUAUCUGACCUUGACAAGUGUGCCCUGGAGGAGCUGUUUAACUGGGCGACGGUUAAACCAACGAUCAACCAGGUGAAUCUCGAGUCAUGCUGUGUAAUGCCUAAGGACCUGACAGAUUACGCCAAAGAGAACGACAUCCAACUUCUAACUCACAUUGACCCACGAGAUAUCCUGACAAGUGAGAAAGUGUCACAGCUGGUGUCAGCCAGGUGUACGGACAAAGAUGGUGAAGGAUGGGAUUCUGAUUGGGCUGCAAGAUUCUCAGUGAUGAUCAAGUGUCGAGGCAUCAUCAAAACAAAGGGAUAUAUUGUCAAGGCGUCGCGGGACAUGACAAAAAGGAAAAGUACACAACAAGUACUGUAAAAGUGAACCAUGAGACUGUACAGUAACAGGGACCAGAGGCUUCUGUCAGGCAUAACUAGUUAGUGUUACAGAGGGGAGGGCUAAUUAGCUAAUACUACAGAAUUAUAUCACUGUUUGCCUCGAUUGAAUCGUGAUUUCAGGGAUGGCGUUCACUCCAGUGACCACAAGUAAUAUCAUUACACAUCAGUAGUCAUGUUAUAUUGUUACACUUCAGUGAUUAGAUGUAAUAUUGUUACACUGCAUUGAUCAUAUGUAAUAUUGUUACACUUCAGUGAUCAUAUGUAAUAUUGUUACACUUCAGUAAUCAUAUGUAAUGUUGUAACGCUUCAGUGAUCAUAUGUAAUAUUGUUACACUUCAGUAAUCAUAUGUAAUAUUGUUACACUUCAGUGAUCAUAUGUAAUAUUGUUACACUUCAGUGAUCAUAUAUAAUAUUGUAACACUUGAGUAAUCAUAUGUAAUAUAAGGAAUUUAAUGUUAUAUCACACUUCAUUGACCAAAUAUAUUAUUGACAUAAUAUUGAAACACUGCAACUACCACCUGUACUUCGGUGAUAAUUGCUGUUAGAAAGGAAUUUGGGUUAGUAUUUAUCUCAGCAACAUUAGAAGCCAUGCAAUGCUUAUCUUAAUGGUUAAUGUCCGGUACAUAUAGAGCUUCCCAUUAUUGUAGUAUACAUCGUUGAUCCAUUGUUGAUGAUCUGUGUUUCUGUUAAGUGUUUGUCAGAUAUAUUUAUUGAUCUCCCGUGUGUGAUCUAAACUAUCUUCACAUCUUAAUUCCACCUUAACAGUCAACAACAGGUUACAAUCCAUUAUUUUACCCCAACUGAAGAUUUUCAAAUACUUAUUUUACCAGUUUUCCCCACUGUUCCUUGUUACAUUAAUGAUAAAUCUUACUUUUGUAUUGACAAAAGGUAAUAUUGUUUUAACAUUUAAAGCUUUCUUAUUAUGAUAAAAUUAUGCAUCUUACCAAAAAGUUCCACAAAGACAAAAUCUGCAAAUCUUACUUGAACAGUUGGCCUGGUUCCCAAGGUCUAUAUGAUUUCAAGGGGGAGAACUCCCUACAGAUUGCAUGUAUGUAUUCAAGUGGUGAUAUUUAUCAAUCAUGAAGUUGAUUUAUAAGUACAUGUAUAUAUGCAGAAAUCAAAUAUAGAGAAAAAGUGUUUUUAGUGUUACCAGAAACAGGGUAAAAAAACCCACCAAAGGUAUACAAUAUAGUUAGGGUUUUUAGUUCUCGCACCAUGUCAGAAUUUUAUAUUUAUUAUAAUUAGCAUAAGAUAUAAUGUGUAUACAGCAAUGAUCAUGUCCUAUUUGUAGUCAAUAGCAAACUUGGGUUUUAUUUUAAUAAAUUAAAUAAAGAUUGUUCCUUAUUUAAUAGUAUUAAAUAAUUGGCCCAUGACA